AUGGCUUGCCCGAGGCCCCUCAGCCAGUGUGACCCCACACCUCUACCUGGGCCACCUGCAGGACACUGGCCCCUGCCCCUCAGCAGACGCCGGAGAGAGAUGAAGAGCAACAAAGAGCAGCGGUCAGCAGUGUUCGUGAUCCUCUUUGCCCUCAUCACCAUCCUCAUCCUCUACAGCUCCAACAGUGCCAAUGAGGUCUUUCAUUAUGGCUCCCUGCAGGGCCGGACACGCCGGCCUGUCAACCUCAGGAAGUGGAGCCUCACUGACGGAUACAUCCCCAUUCUUGGCAACAAGACGCUGCCCUCCAGGUGUGGCCAGUGUGUGAUUGUCACCAGCUCCAGCCACCUGCUGGGCACCAAGCUGGGUCCUGAGAUCGAGCGGGCCGAGUGCACAAUCCGCAUGAACGACGCACCCACUACGGGCUAUUCGGCUGAUGUGGGCAACAAGACCACCUUCCGCGUGGUGGCCCAUUCCAGCGUAUUCCAUGUGCUGCGGAAGCCUCAGGAGUUUGUCAACCGGACCCCUGAAACUGUGUUCAUCUUCUGGGGCCCCCCAAACAAGAUGCAGAAGCCCCAGGGCAGCCUGGUGCGCAUCAUCCAGCGGGCAGGCCUGCUGUUCCCCAACAUGGAGGCCUAUGCCAUCUCCCUCAGCCGCAUGCGCCAGUUUGACGACCUCUUCCGGAGUGAGACAGGCAGGGACAGGGAAAAGUCCCACUCGUGGUUGAGCACAGGCUGGUUCACCAUGGUGAUUGCGGUGGAGUUGUGUGACCACGUGCACGUCUAUGGCAUGGUGCCCCCCGACUACUGCAGCCUGCGGCCCCACCUGCAGCGUAUGCCCUACCACUACUAUGAGCCCAAGGGGCCAGACGAGUGUGUCACCUACAUCCAGAACGAGAACAGCCGCAAGGGCAACCACCACCGCUUCAUCACGGAGAAGAGGGUCUUCUCGUCCUGGGCCCAGCUGUACGGAAUCACCUUCUCCCACCCCUCCUGGACCUAG